AGUGGCGCAUGCGUGGUCACCGCUUCCGCGACGUACCUAGCCAUCUUUCCAGUCAAGCAAAAGUGAUUGUUUUCAGUCUUAGUCUUAUUUAACUGAACUUUUAUUAAUGUCAGAGCCACAGUCCGCGCUGCUAUUACGGAAACAAUUAGCAGAAUUAAAUAAAAACCCAGUAGAAGGGUUUUCUGCAGGCCUCAUAGACGACAAUGACAUAUACCGGUGGGAAGUACUCAUUAUUGGACCUCCGGAUACAUUGUACGAAGGUGGUUUCUUCAAAGCACAUUUACAGUUUCCAAAAGAAUAUCCACUUAGGCCACCAAGAAUGAAAUUUAUAACCGAAAUAUGGCAUCCAAAUAUCGACAAAAAUGGAGAUGUGUGUAUAUCGAUAUUGCAUGAACCCGGUGAUGACAAAUGGGGAUAUGAGAAAGCGUCGGAGCGGUGGUUACCAGUUCACACAGUCGAAACUAUCUUGAUAAGUGUUAUAAGCAUGCUUGCAGAUCCUAACGAUGAAAGCCCUGCUAAUGUGGAUGCCGCCAAAGAGUGGAGGGAAAGUUAUACGGAAUUUAAGCGAAAGGUGGCGAGGUGCGUGAGAAAAAGCCAAGAGGAGUGUUUGUAGGGGAUGAACAAAUAUUCAAAUGGAAAGACUUAUUUAAUUCUGGGAAGCCGUAAGCACUGUAAGAAAGAUACCGACGCUCAGUAUAAAGCUAACGGAUAACAGUGCCACUAAAAGCGGAAUAAGCCUGACCCAUCCUUAUGCAGAGAGAGAAAGCAAGACAGAGCGUGUGUGAACGCGAGAGAAAAGCUCACGCUGCUCUAUCAUGUUUAUUAAAUCACCGCCACCAACGUACGAUCCAAAUCCAUCGAGACGGAGAACAUAAAGGAGAUACACACGCAAUUCACCUUUUACAUAAUAAACAGCUAAAGAAAAUUAAUUUACACGUAUACAUAAAGAAAAGUAUCAUCUCUGUAUGAUUAUUACCUUAAUAUUAAUAGUUCUUAUAAAAAACUUAACUCUCCCCUGCCCCUCCCAUGCUCAAGAACGAUCCUGAGCCCCGUUGGACAGAACCUUGUAAUUUAAAAUAAUAUGUUUACGUUUAUCUCUCAAUAAUAAUUCCUUAGUGUGUC